GAGAGAGAGAGAGAGAGAGAGAGAGAGAGAGAGAGAGAGAGAGAGAGAGAGAGAGAGAGAGAGAGAGAGAGAGAGAGAGAGAGAGAACGAAAGGAGCAGUGAGUGCGAGUAAGCGAGGGAAAAUAAAGACCGGAGAGGGCAGCAAGAGAGAGAGAGAGAGAGAGAGAGAGAGAGAGAGAGAGAGUGGGAGAGAGAGAGAAAGGAGCAGUGAGUGUGAGUAAGCGGGGGAGAAAUAUAGACGGGAGAGGGCAGCGCGCGCGAGAGAGAGAGAGAGAGAGAGAGAGAGAGAGAGAGAGAGAGAGAGAGAGAGAGAGAGAGAGAGAGAGAGAGAGAAAGAGAUGGCGGAGCAAACGAAAGUGUGAUCUGGAGGGAGGGAGGGAGGGAGAGGAAGAGAAACAGAGUGUCAACAAGGAACAGAGAGAGAGAAAGAGAGAGCGAGGAGAAGAGAGAGAGGGAGAGAGAAGGGGAGGAACGACAGGGUUGGAGGAUCGUUGAGCAGCAGGGAAUGAACCAUGGGUCAAGAUCACCUUCAUUAGGAAUGAUCUCUACGGCAACGCGCACCACUGCCACGGUCAGUCCACUCAGUCCAUUUACAAAUGGGAACGCCGUUGCCCAGUCUGCUAACUCCGGAUUCGCUGCCGCCCUCCGUAAACUGGCCAAACAGGCUGAGGACCCCAGAGGUUGUCCCCUCAGCAUUGAGUCCUCCCCAGUCUCAUCCCCAGCCACCAGCCACAGCUCCCCGGGGACCACCCCCAAGCGAGGCUCCUCUGGGCCCCAGCCCCCAGGCCUGAGCAGGGGCCACCCCGGCACCCCUCCGGUCGUCCCCAUCGCGCCCAUCAAGUCCACCAACGGCCUCUGGAGGGCUGAGGGAGGCCAGUCCGACUCGUUGGGUGCUGUGAGUAACCAGGUCCAGCAAGACAAGAGGAGCUCUCCACUGUUGUCUCCUCACCCCCUGCUUCACCCCUUCGGCCUCAGCACAGUCAUCCAGGAUCACAGAAUGCAGAGCCAUAGCCUACCGGGUCAGAUGCACCCUGUGGUCCCGUCGGGGGCCGUGCCAGAGGAGUACCUGAGGGGGCUGCGGCCCUUCCCCGGCCCCGAGGACCUCCGCCUCAGCUCUCUGCCCCUGGGCCUGGACCCCGCCACGGCCGCCCACGCUGCUGCCGCCUACUACCACCCUGCCUACCUCCACCACCCGCUGGCCAUGCACAGGAUGGAAGAGUCUCUGUGUCUCUCUGCGCUACGCUCGCAGUUCUACUCGGUGCCUGCAGGGGGCGCCUUUCCUUCCCUCCACCACUCAGGCCUCCACCUGCAUCUACCUGGAGCCCGCUAUCCUGGGGAGCUCAACCACACCGCUCUGGCCGAUAGGCUACAGAUGGAGAAUGAGCUCCGCCAGCGAGACCGAGAGCAGGAGCGUGAGCGAGAGAAGGAGAGGGAGCGAGAGCGGGAGAGAGAGAGGGAUAGGGAAGGGGAGAAGGAGAGGGAGAGAGAGAGGGAUUUGGAGAGGCAGAAGGAGAGACAGAGGGAGAGGCAGAGGGAGAGACAGCAGCAGAUGGCCAGAGCGGUCGAGAGCCACUAUCUGGCAGAGCUGCAGGCCCGAAGACCACCACCAGAGGGCAGAGUCACGCCUGGAGAGAGACUGACACCCAGCCGACCAGAUAUCGUAAAGGAGCAGGACCACCCGAGUCUCCCCACACAGAAGCCUCUGUCCCACCAGCACGGCCUCCAGUCAUCCCUGGGCUCCGUCCCCUACCCGGUGCCCAGCUUAGUGCCCUCCCACAUGGGGAAGCACCAGGCAGCUCCCGCUGCAGGGCUCCAUGGACAGCUAGCCGCUGCCAUGAUGUCCCACAGGGCCGGUGAGGAGGGCUGGAUGUCACGACAACGAAGGCAGGAGAGACCGGAGAGGGAGGGGCCAUCCGAGCUGUGCCUUAGGUUACCUGGGAAAGGGGCGGAGCCCAGGCGAGACAUGCACAGAGCCAACUCCGUCCAACAUCAUUCAAAUAACAGGGAGGCGGCCCCACGCUUGGGGGCCCCACCCCCCUUAAUCUCCCCCAAAACGUUAUCAGCUCACCCCUCUCACCCACAUCACCCCCCUCGCCCGCCCCACCCUCCCACCGCUCUCUGGAACCCCGCCUCACUGGUCAACAACACCCCCAUGGACUGCCAUCACAAAGCCGCCCACGGCCCCCCCGGCCGACCGCCUCCAGGCCUGACCCGGGCCGACCGGGCCCCUGGCUGGACCCCGGAGAGGCUGGAGGACGGCGAGAGGAGCCGGGCCGAGGCCCCGGACAGGGGAGGCCGAGGUGGAGCACAGGAACACCCGGGGUUCUGGAGCAACGGCGAGCAGCACAGGGCCUCCUCCCAUCACCCGGCCCACCAGCACCACCAGCACCACCAGCACCACCGCCAGCCCCAACACCUCCCCAGCGCCCUCCACCAGGGGCCCCCCAAGACCUUGUCGGCGGCGGGGGGGCCGGGGCCCCGGGAGCGGCAGGGCGCGCCGGCCGCCCCCCGGAGCACGCUGGUGUACGACGAGGUCCUGCAGCAGCACCGCCUGCUCCUCAGCAAGCUGGACCUGGAGGAGAAGAGGAGGAAGGAGGCCCGGGAAGGAGGUUUCUACUAUGAAGUGGAUGAGUCGUACGACGAGAGUGAUGAAGAGGAGGUGAAAGCUCAUCUCAAGAGGGUCACCCAGCAGCCCCCACUCAAACUGGAUGCCUCUUCUGAGAAAGUGGAGUUCCUGGGCGCCCUGGGCCUGACCACACAGCGCCACCGCAGCGAGAUCCUGGAGAGGAAGAGGAGGAAGUGGCGGAGGAUGAUGAAGGAGCGAAGUCCGUCGCCGCCGCCCGCCGCACAGGGGAGGAAGAAGCGCUGCCCCUCGCCCCUCACCACCCCCUACACGGCCGCGCAGAUGGACAGCAGCCCCGCCCUGGAGGAGAAGAAGGGCUUCCUGCAGAUGUUCAGCCUGGCCCACGUCACCCCGCAGCAGAGGAGAGAUAAGGAGCAUACGGAGGGGCUGCUGAGGGCCAUUCAGCAGAAGACCGUGACUCUGGACACCCUCAGAUACAAUACGUUACCCCCCUGUAGCAGCCCUGCAACUCCCCCUAGAGGCGGCUCAUCAGAAGUCCGUCUACAAGGCCAAUCCAAAGGACAGGAAUCCCCGGGCUCCUCCCCUCCCCCCUCCCACCCCAUCAGCAAGCACUGCGUAGACCCCUUCAAGCCCUACCCGGACACCCAAAUACCUCAUCCGCCCCUGCUGGCACUCCUGCACGCCGGAGAGAAGGCUGCAUAUAAGAACACGUUGCAGUCGAGCAAGAAGCAGCUCCAGCCGCAGGGCUUUCAGAACAGCCACCCCUCACCGGCCCCGCGCAAGGAGGCCGGCCCUGGCCUCCAGAACGGGAGGAGUCGUCCCUGGGAGAAAUUCACCCCGGAGGCCUUUGCACAGCAGUUCCACCAUGCUGUGCUGCAGUCCACACACCACACUCUGCAGGGCAAUGGCAUCCCAGAGGUCAACAUGAAGGCCAACCCCUCGCUGCCUCUCAACAUGUCCUCGGCCAUGAAGAGACCCAGGGUCCACUCCUCUCCUUCUCAACCUGCCUACCACAACGGCCAUCAAUCCAAGCGCCCGGGAGCCGGGGAAGCCCACGGAACACAGGAACGCCUGUCGGGGGAAGAGGAGGAGCAGGGAGGGUCUGGACAGGAGGAAGAAGACGAGGAGGAGGAUGAGGGGGAGAUGGAGGCGGCGGACGCGCCCAGGAAGUGGAGCGGAAUAGAGGCCAUCUUCGAAGCCUAUCAGGAGUACACUGAAGAGUGGAGCGUAGAGCGUCAGGUCCUGCAUGGUCAAUGCAAACGGCUGGAGGCUCAGAACCACACGCUCACCAGGACGGCAGAGCAGAUGUCUGUCACCAUGGGGGAGCUGGUGGGACAGCGGCAGAAGGUGAGGGAGGAGCGGGAACGGCUGCAGGCCCAGCUGGAGCACUUCAGAAGAUGCUUGACACUUCCCAGCAUUCACUGGGGCAGGGGGCAGGUCCACAGUCACGGGGCCCCAAGGUGACCCCUGAACCCUGGGGUCCAACGCACUCAUCUGAUACCAAGCCUCUCAAUGGAUACGAUUGGAGGUCCUGGUUCAGAUCUCUGAAAGCACUUGAAGCUGUCAUAUCGUUGUUUUUUCUACCUUAAUAGCUUAAUUCCGUGCUGCUACCUGACCGAUCCUAGUUCCGGAUGCCUCCCCGUCAUGUCUGCCAUGGUGGCCGUGUUCCCCUGGCGAGACCAUGGUCAGGAUCAGUGCAUCCUGGAUCUGUUUUGAACCCAACUUACUGCUACUGCAAUUCAGCCACACUGUGUAGCUAUUUUGUAACUUGUGCUAGAAUAAUGCUUACAAUGUCUGCCCGUACCCCUUGUUGGCUUUAAGGACUUACAGUCUCGGCUCAUAUUGUGUUUGUUUAGCAUUGGCUGUUAAUAACGCAGUCGCGUUUCACUCCAGACUACUGAAAGGUGUCUGUUUUAGUCCCUUGGUGAAUACAAACAGUUUGAAGCACACCUCAGGCCUUAAAUGUGAUGCGUUGGAACAAGAAGCCUGCAUAGUUCCCCUAGCUCUCUUAGAGCAGAGGCAUGUUAUAUACAGGGUACUAUAGCCCUCUGGUGCAGCAAUUUGUAAUGCUGGCGCUUUCUAGUUAGGGUUCUAUUGCUUGUGUGUUCCAUGUAGGGUUCUCAAGGGAAUAGGAAUCAUCCUACAGACAAUAUCUAGAAAUAAUUAAUACAUUAUCAAUGGCAAAAAAGUAUAAAGGUUAAAAAACUGAUAGUGAGAGUAGAUACAUUUCAUUUCAUGUAUUUUUGGUUUUCUAUAGGUAGCGGUUGAAGUGGAAGAAUAUUAGUGUAGGUACUCCUAUGUAUUUUCAUGGGCAUUAGGUUGGGUAUUUCUAUUCGAAUCAAAGACAAAAUGUCAGGCUGCAAUUUAAAUACAUGCAUGUCAAUAUUGAAUAAGAAUUGGGCUGACUAAAGCAGAAGCACAAACACAAGGAGUCAUGAUUUGUUAGCAUAUGUACUGCCUUAAUACUUGAUGGGGAGAGAGACAUCAGCACCUAACCCUUACCCUGGUACCCCACUCGGAGUCGGGGUACACUACAAAGGUCCCCCACUUUUGUAUUCCAAAGAUUGGUAUUUGUAAGAUCACGUUGUAUAAGGAUUGCUUCUAGACCCAAUGAAAUCUUGUUUGACCUUUUUAGAUACCCGAACAGGUUUCUUUUGAGGAGCGAGUAGCUCUGAGGGUUGACUAUGGGAACCUUUCCCAGGCUGUGAUCAGGAUUAAAUUAUCAUUGUUUUAAGAAGGCAAUGUCACCCUCCCCUUGUAAGACUCGUACAUGCCUGUGGAUGUUUGUUUUUACGUUACUUUAAGUUCACUCUACAGUGAACUUCUAAGCGAGACGCUUUGACACAUUGGGGGGGCUGGUUGGGGAAGAUGAAAGUAGGAUUUUCCUAGGAUUCAUUCCUGGGAGCGUAUACAGGGAGUGCUACCUGUGUCUGGGAAAAAUAAGUUAUCAAAGCCUUUUUGAGAAAAACAUUUUCCUCAGAAAAUAUAAAAGCCAAAUUAACCUUUGGUUUCCUUAAAGGUAAAAAGCUGUUAAGAUUGUGUAAUUUACCAAAAUCACCUGAUACCAUAUUUAAUAUAUAUUUUUUGUCUUUGUAUGUUCUUUGUGUGACAAACAUUGGAAUGCACUAUCUAUUUUUGGAUAUUAAUAAAUGACGCAACUUCAGUUAUUCUACUGUAAUCAUUUUUUUAUUAAAAAUAGCAUACUCAUAUUGUCUGAAAUAGGAAACAAAUAUUUUCUUAUCUUGGACCUGCAUCUGUAUUGAAGGUUACCAGAGGCUUGGACAGACACUGUCCAGUUGAAAUUAGUCCGUCAACAGGUCAUGAAAUCACACUCAUUCUUUUUGUUGCCAUUUGUUUAAAUCGACUGUUAUGUGAUAUAUUAUUUGAGUUGUACAAUUAUAAUGAACUAUUUAUUAACAAAUAUUACUGUAUAUUCUGAUGGUGAUUUACAAUAAAAUACUAAUAAUA